GCCAAGGGGGAUAAUUACGACACGCGCGUUAAAAAAAAAACAAUCUGACGCGAGUGUCAACGGUUGACGUAUCCAAAUUCGCGAUGUGCGAACAUUUGAAUCUCCCCUUUAUACCGGACUACGAGAUCGUGGACGUGGGCCCUGUCAAGGUAGUACGUCUGGAGCCCAAGUUCUCGCAGUCGUAUUACAACGCCCUCAACAUCUUCAGCCCGAGCAAAGCUUGCACCCUGAUCGCUCUGCUGACGGCUUCCAAAUGCCACGAAAACGGCCCGAUCAUCACCGGCCGGGUCAACAGGAACCUCAUCGCUCGACUAGUAAGACUUCUGGCUGCGAGUAUGCUCGACGGCAACCGAAUGUACGACCGGCUCAAUAGAGACGAUUCUUUGAAAGACGACGGCCUGAAUGUACCCGAGGCGAUGGCCUGUCUCAAGUCCGACUCGCUCGACGUCAUUGAAUGGAAACGAGUGGUCGUCAGCGAAGUUUUGUCGGUGUCCUUAAGUGCCAGCUUGAAAUCGAACCUGGAAAAAUGGCCACAACGCGGGGACUCUGUUUACGUCGCGCUAAUCGCAUGUUCUAGGACCGUCCUUUUUGUAAUACAGACCGGACCGCAGACCAUAACGCUGUUCGACUCUCAUCGGCAAUCUUCGGAAAAUGGCGCCCUCAUCGCGGUCGCGGAACUGGGCUGCCUCGACGCGUUCUGUCUGUGGUUCGCGGAGGUUUUCAGACGCUGCACGGGUACCGACCCGUUUUUCUACGAGCUGUCAUUUUUGUAUUUCGUGAACGGGGAAAGUAAAAAUUGAUAAUGGUU